AUGACAAGAGGUCAACCAGCUCAAAGUGAAUCUCCCACAUCACCCUUCCUGGGAAAUGCCUUGACGAACGUUAACUUGCGUAAAGCAUCCUACAAGUUGCCGUCAACACUGGGAUGUUCUCCAGAGGACCCAAGGUAUGCAGUAGUGACCCCUCAGAUUCAGGGCCAGUCUGGUGAACACUGGGCUCAAAAUCAAAUAAUAGAUCUUCAUGAGCCAGAUGAUGUCUGGUCUUCAGAAAGAGUCCUCCCUCAUCAUACUGUUCAGAACCUCACAAAAUGGUCCAUGUAUAGGGAUGAAGAACUGGAGAAUUUUGUCAUCCCUGUGUUUCCUGGCCAAGAGACAGAUAGCACAGAACCUGCAUGGCUACCAGAUAGAGAAGGUGAACCUCAAGGGAACUGGUAUGACAAGAUGUACUCAAUUCGAAGCCUGCCCACAAUGCUGUACCGUGAACGUGCAGAGGAGGAUGGCUUUGAGGACAUGACACAGCUUGAGGAACUGCACGAAGGUGCUGUGUUACUGAAUUUGAAGAAAAGGUUUGAACGCAAUUUGAUAUAUACUUACAUUGGAAGUAUUCUGGUGUCUGUUAAUCCAUACAAGAUGUUCAACAUCUACGGAACAGACAUGGUUCUGCAACACAAAGGGCAUGCGCUUGGAGAGAAUCCUCCACAUCUAUUUGCCAUUGCAAAUGCUUCAUACACAAAAAUGAUGGAUGCCAAAGAAAACCAGUGCAUUAUUAUCAGUGGGGAGAGUGGCUCUGGUAAAACAGAGACCACAAAGCUAGUUCUCCGGUACUUAGCCGCAAUACAUCACAAACAGAACAUCACACAGCAGGUAUGAAUUCUUGAAGCAACUCCUCUUUUAGAGUCUUUUGGAAAUGCCAAAACUGUACGGAACGAUAACUCCAGUCGAUUUGGGAAAUACAUGGAAAUAUUUAUGGAAGAAGGGGUAAUCAGCGGUGCCAUAACCUCACAGUAUCUACUUGAAAAGUCCAGGAUUGUGUUUCAGGCCAAAGAUGAAAGAAACUAUCACAUUUUUUAUGAGAUGCUUGCAGGCCUUCAUUCACAGCAGAAACAGUCUUUAUACCUUCAAGAAGCAGAGACGUAUUAUUACCUCAAUCAAGGUGGAGACUGUGAGAUUGUUGGCAAAAAUGAUGGGGAGGACUUCCGCAGGCUCCUCAGCGCCAUGGAAAUACUUCACUUCAGUGCCGAAGACCAGAGUAGUAUCUUCAGGAUCCUGUCUUCCAUCCUCCACUUAGGAAAUGUCUUCUUUGAGAGAUAUGAGACUGAAUCUCAGGAAGUGGCAUCAGUUGUAAGUGCUCAGGAGAUCCGAGUGGUGGCUGAAAUUCUACAGAUUUCCCCAGAGGGUCUACAGAAGUCCAUUACUUUCAAAGUCACGGAAACAAUGAGGGAAAAGAUCUUCACCCCCUUGACUGUUGAGAGUGCAAUUGAUGCCAGAGAUGCUGUUGCCAAGAUCCUGUAUUCCCUUCUGUUCAGUUGGCUAACAGACAGAAUAAAUAGGCAGGUUUAUCCUCGGAAUGAAGCACUUUCUAUCUCCAUCCUUGAUAUCUAUGGAUUUGAGGACCUUACCUUCAACAGCUUUGAACAGCUUUGCAUAAAUUAUGCAAAUGAGUACCUUCAGUUCUUUUUCAACAGGGUCAUUUUCAAAGAAGAACAAGAUGAAUAUAACAGAGAGCAAAUCAACUGGGAAGAGGUGCCUUUCUCUGACAACCAGGCCUGCAUUGACCUCAUUGCAGCAAAGCCUCAUGGGAUACUCCGAAUUCUUGAUGAUCAGAGCGGGUUUCCACAGGCUACAGAUCAUACCUUCCUUCAGAAAUGCCACUAUCACCAUGGCAACAAUCCACUGUAUUCCAAGCCAAAAAUGCCUCUCCCUGAAUUUACUAUCAAGCAUUAUGCUGGGAAGGUCACUUAUCAGGUUCAUAAAUUUCUGGAUAAGAAUUACGAUCAAGUUCACCAGGAUGUUCUUGACCUUUUUAUUCAGAGCAAAAACAAGAUGGUUGCCUAUCUCUUUAUGAGCUAUGCUGAGGUCCUCAACCAACAAUCCCAUGUUGGGAAGAACAGCACAGUAACGCGGCGAUAUCAGGCCUCAACGGUGGCAGCCAAGUUCCAACUAUCCCUCAUGGAGCUCAUUGAAAAGAUGGAGAGAGCCAACCCAUAUUUUGUGAGGUGCAUAAAGCCAAACCAAAACAAGGAGCCUGGUGUGUUUGACAUGGAGCUGGUCAGUGCCCAACUUAACUAUUCUGGGAUUUUGGAAACAAUUCGAAUCAGAAGUGAGGGCUAUCCGAUCAGAAUGCCAUUUGAUGUCUUCCUUUUCAGAUACAAGUCCCUGCUAGGCCUCAAACAGCCGCCUCCUGCCAGUGGUGAAAACUGUGUCAUCAUGUUGAGGAAGCUUUGUCCUGUUAGACCAGGAGCAUUUCAAGUCGGUGUCAGCAAGUUGUUCAUGAAAGAGGAUAUAUACUUCCUGUUGGAGAGCAAGAGGGACAGAGUAAGGCACGUAGCUGCCCUGAUUUUGCAGCGUUACGUCAGGAUGUUCUUUGUGAGAAAACGCUAUACGGCCUUCCGCAUGAAGAUCAUACGGCUGCAGGCCCACUGCCGAGGCUUUCUCACAAGAAAACAGUAUGUGAAAAUGAGAGCUAGCCUGGUGAAAUUCCGCUCUCUGAUCCAUAUGUACGUUGAUCGCAAGAGAUACAUUAAGCUGAGAUACGAGGCCAGGAGAAAGGCAGAAGGGGAGCAAAGGAGAAUAGAAAUGGAGCUGUCUAAACGGGAAGUGGUCAGCGUCACUCAUCUGGUCAUUCCAGCUGAACUUGGAGCAUUGCUGCAGGCAGCCGCUGGUAGAGAGCUCCAUUCUGAUUGUUUGGCUUUAGUCCAGGCUCCCACAGUUCAGGUGGAGUCACAGCUCACGCUACCUCUUGACAUCAACAACUACACUAUUUCCAAAUUUGUCCAGAUUCACUUCAAAGAGGCAAAGUUUGGAAUGUUAACUGCACCUUUAAAGACACCACUAACCCACAUUGAUGACGAUCUUAUACAUGACGCUCUAGAUGUCUUUAUCAUGAUCUUGAGGUUUAUGGGUGACCCAUAUCUAAAUGGUGCUCAGGAGAAUUUAUUUGGAAACUACAUCAUCCAGAAGGGGCUUACCAACCCUGGUUUGCGGGAUGAAAUCUUAUGUCAAAUUGCCAAUCAGGUUUGGAGAAACACCAAUCCAGAUAACUCAGAGAGAGGCUGGCUGCUGCUGCUAGCCUGCCUGAGUGCAUUUGCACCAUCGGCCAAAAUGGAAAAAUACCUUCUGAAGUUUGUCUCAGAUCAUGCCUAUAAUGGAUUCAAAGCUGCUGGCCAACACAAGCUCAUUCAAGCCACGCAGAAGUCCCUGUAUGGACCGGAGGCUGCGAGGACUUACCCAUUGUCCCUUCUGGAAUGGACAGCCAAUAGGAAGAAAGCAAACAUGGUUUUGCAGGUGCACUGUUUUGAUGGGACAUCUUUCCUUUGCCCUAUGCACUCCUGGACGAGUGGGGAGGAUUUGGCUGGAGAUAUUCUACAGCAUAGGGGUGUGACGGAGGCCUGGAAGGGGUGUUCUGUUAUCAUGAAGGAGCACGGACAGUGGGCGGAGCUCGCAGGGCAUGAUUAUGUAAUGGACUUGAUCGCAGACAUGGAACUGAUGAGAAAUUUUCCCAAGCAAAAGUCCUACUUCAUCAUUUCCGCUGAGAGUCCCACCAGAACUAGGUCCAAUGCCAGUCUGUCAGAUUUUGAGAAGUCAUCCAGCAUGUCCAGCCGUAUGAAGGGAGCUGGUGGGAUUGGAGGGCAGGAUGGUGACAGAGAGAAGCCCCUCUCCAGCAGGCCUUAUCCCCCCGGACUGCAGCCUGGUGCGGUGCCAGUUCUACCUGUAAUGGGAGGAACAAUGAUGCCACCUAUACCUAUGCCAGCUAUGUCUUCUGUGCCUCAUGCACACGCCCCUACCGCCGUACCUUCAGUACCCCUAAUGCCAGCUAUGCCUUCUAUGCCAGCUUUGCCAGCUAUGCCACCUUUGCCAGCUAUGCCUAAUGUGCCACCAAUGCCUGAUAUGUCAGGUGUAGAUCCGGCUGUCUUAGCACAGCAGCAGCAAGCCAUCAUCAACCAGCAAGCGAUUAUAUUGGCUCAGCAGAUGACAAUGCAAGCCAUGGCCCUCCAGCAGCAGAUGUAUAAUUCAGUGCCAGCUCCCCGCUCCAGCCAGUACAGCCCUACCAAACAAGAAACUGGACCUGUUUCCUACAAACCAACCCCUGCUUCUCCACCACAGAAAUCUUCACAGCGACAGUACAGCCCAACUAGAAGGGAUCCACCAGCGGGAGAUGUGGUGCGAACCACUAUCUCAAACUCUGAACAUUUAGAGCCAAGUCACAACAUCAAAGACAUUAUCAAGCAGUACCAGACAAACCCUGUAAAACCAACAGAGAUUCCCAGGAGGGAAGCUAAAGUGUUUUUGAAGAAACCAGACCCCCAUGAUGAAGCUAUGAUGAUUCUUAAGGACCAGAUGAGUGCUCCAUCUCCACAGCGAAAGAAAACCUACACUCCAGCCUCUCCCUCGUCAUCUGCAAAGGAGUAUGAUUAUGAUGGAGAGGCACUGAAACCAGCAAAAAGCAUAAAGAUGAAGCGAUCACCUCCUGUGCCAGCUGUUAGUCAGAGAUUCCCGGCCGCUGCACCUGUAUCUAGAGAACUUCCAGUAGAAGAGGAGAAUCUUCAGACUCAGCUGCACAAGAGGAGCAGUGAAGAGCACUACACCUACACCAAUGUACCAUGGAAGAUCUACCUGAGGAAAGAGGUUUUUUAUCCGAAAGACAGCUUCAACCACCCGCUGAUGCUAGACCUCUUGUUCAAGCAGAUUGUCCAUGACACAUUCUCAGAGGCUUGCAUUCGCAUUACAACAGAAGAAAGGCAGAAGAUGAAAUCCCUUUUUGCGGAGCACAACAUUGACAUGAAUGCCACAAUCCAGGAUGAGAAUGUGAAGAAGAAGAUUGUGGUUGCUGCAAGAGACACCUGGGAGAUCUACUUCUCACGCCUCUUCCCAGCAUCUGGCAGUGUUGGCACAGGGGUCCAGGUGCUGUCUGUAUCUCAUAGAGGGAUCAAGCUUGUGAAAAUGGUCAGGAGCAGUACGGUAGCCCCAGACUACUUCAGAGUUCUGCGACCCUACAGCUACACAGACAUCAUGUUCGUCACCGUUCCUUCCAAAAACAUGCUGGAGUUCAACCUCACCAGUGAGAAACUGAUUCUGUUCUCUGCCAAAGCUCCUCAGGUCAAAACCAUGAUUGACUACUUUAUCACAGAGCUGAAAAAGGACUCAGACUAUGUCGUUGCUGUGCGUAAUUACAUUACAGAUGACAGAACGCUGUUGAGUUUCCACAAGGGAGACAUCAUACACUUGCAGAAAAUGGAAGGCCUAGAUGCAGGCCAGUGUUAUGGUUGCAUAGUGAAAAAGAAGGUGAUUCUCCUGGAGGAAUUAAAAAGAGACACACCUGAUUUUGGCUGGAAGUUUGGGGCCAUUCAUGGGCGAUCUGGGGUUUUUCCUGUGGAGUUUGUUCAGCCAGUGGCUGCUCCUGACUUCAUUAACAUUCCUGUGGACAAGAAAGAGGAACCCAAGAAUAAGCAGGGUCGCGUGGCCGCAUCAGCAGCUGUGGCUGUGGCUGUAGGGUCUGCUGCCGCAGCCAAUGAACUCGACCGGUCAAUUGAGGUGGCGUCUUCUGUCAGUGAGUAUGCAGCGGCCUACACAGACAGCACUGAUAUGGACAUCGAUGAGAGAAUCUUGCAAGACAGCCAAUACAACAUGGUGGAAUUUGCAAAGAAAUAUUUCAGAGGGGCCCAGAGAAAAAAUGGUGAUUCAUAUAAGAAAAAGUCAAAGAAAACAAAGGAAUCUAGGGAGCCAUCAGAAAUGGUGAAAUUUUCCAAGUCUCCAAUUCAAGAGUCCCUAAUCGAGUUCACUGAUGAAAACAUGAACAAAGUAGCUGCAGAGAUUUUUCUUGCUAUAAUGAAGUUUAUGGGAGACUACCCUAUGAAAGGCCAGACUGAGCAGGAGGUCAUCAGCACCAUCCUAAGGCUGAGUGGCGAGUAUGGACUAAUGAGAGAUGAAGCGUACUGCCAAGUCCUCAAGCAGAUCAGUGGGAACACCAGCUCCAAGACGGAGAGUUGUCAGAGGGGCUGGAGGCUGCUGUACAUCCUCACUGCGUACUACAAGUGUUCAGAGGCACUCAAACCUUACCUGCUGAAGUACCUCCAAGACGUCUGUGCAAGUCCAGGGGUGCACUUUCAGGGAAUUGCCAAGUCUUGUGAGCAGAACCUAAAGAAGACGUUUCAAUAUGGUGGACGCGCUGAACAUCCUAAUGGGAUGGAAUUGAAAGCUAUGCUGGCUGGAAGGAGUUCCAAGCGGCAGUUGUUUCUUCUUCCUGGUGGAAUUGAACGCCAUCUAAAGAUCAAAACCUGCUCAGUGUCUUUGGAUGCCAUUGAAGAGCUGUGCUAUGAGAUGGGUCUGCAUAAACUUGAGGCCUUGGAUGAGUAUGCUGUAUUUGUGGUCACAAACAGAGGUCAGAAUGUCCGCCCUCUAAACAAAAGGGAGUACAUCUUGGAUGUUGCUACAGAAGCUGAGCAUGUUGAUAGCAACUACAGUCUGUGGUUUCGAAGAGUGAUCUGGACGCAGCCACUAAAGUUUGACAGUGAGCUCGGAGUCACUAUGCAUUACAAUCAGGUGUCCCCUGACUACUUGAAAGGGCUGCUCAAUGUUGUCCCACAGGGUAAAGCCAGUGAGCAGCAGCUUCAGCAAGUGUCAAAACUGGCAGCUCUUCAACAUCGUGCCAAGGACUUGAUCUACCUGCCCACCUUCCAUGAGGUUCAGGAGUAUAUUCCCACCCAGCUCUUCAGUCUCCAGCGGCACCAGCAAUGGUUAAACAUGGUGACCCAGCACAUGCAGCAGGUGCAGGCCCUCACUCCUCAUCAGGCCAAAGCACAAUUUCUAGGGCUUGUGAGUGCUUAUCCCAUGUUUGGCUCGUCAUUCUUCUACAUACAGAGCAGCAGUAAUAGUGCUAUCGACACCCCAUGCAUACUGGCUGUCAAUCAAAAUGGUCUGAACUUUCUAAGAAAAGAUACUCAUGAGCCGAUGGUGAAGUUUCCGCUGAAGGAGGUCCAGUCCACCCGUACACAGAGGCCCACAGCUGGCUCCAGUUACCCGUAUGUGGAGAUAAUGCUGGGUGACCUAAUGUCUCAACGCAUUACACAGUUACAGCUGGACCAGAGUCUUGAGCUGUGCCGUGUUAUCGCCAUGCAUAUGGAGAACCUGCUGUCAGUACGAGAGAAGAGACUUACUCUGCCGCCCAGUGAAAUCACUCUGCUCUAGCACCCUUUCUAUUAAUUACUUUUAUGGCAAUAAUUGC